AUGAACAACUCAACAUCGGAUACGUUUGUCAUGAUGCAUUCGACUUCAGAAGUUAUCGAAAUGUUUUACCAGCUUGCAUUUUUCAUAAUUGGUACUCCAAUCAAUAUUUUUGCUUUUGUCAAAACAAGUCGAAAUGUUCGAGAAGGAGGCGUGGAGUCCAGACUGGUCAAGCUUAGUCGACAGCUACUUAUUGCCCACAUAAUGGUUCUUUUUAUGUACGGGAUCUGGAGAAGUUAUUGGAUAUAUAAUAUCGUCUGGACUCAAGGAGACAUUAUGUGUCGAGUAUUCAGUUUUCUUUGUGCUCUGCCUUUUCAUCUUUGGUCGAACAUGGUAGCAGCUAUUGCAAUUGACAUGCUUUGCUGUAUUACAUCUCCACUGAGCAGCUAUCGAACAGGGGCAAACCGAGUUAAUUGGCUUAUUACUCUUGCGUGGGGCUUUGCAGUUGUAUGUGCAUCACCAAUGAGCAUUCUGCGUGGAACCAUUCAGAUCAACGAUGAAGAUAUGUAUCAAUGCUACCCAAGAACUGAUGUAUUCAAUGAUGAUGUGUUAAUUGCAUUCAACCUGUUUCAUGUCAUAACUUCGUUUUACAUUCCAUUGUUGAUUGUUAUCAUAUGCUAUUUGGCUAUCGGGGUAUCGAUACGGAAACAAAUGGCGGAACGUCGUUUAUUACAGGACGGAGGACAAAGUGGACAAAAAACGAACAACACGAAAGCAAGAUUUCUCAGAGCUUCUGUGGCAAUUAUUUGUACGUUCCUGUUCACAUGGCUUCCAUAUCAAGUUUUGGCUCUUCUUCGAAUUGUCUGUGUUUCUGAAAAUUGCCAGGAAAUUGUGAGCAAACUGAAUUGGUUACAGGCAAUUAUUAUAGCAAGCACGUGCAUCAAUCCAUUCCUAUAUCGUUUUGGCACUGAGCCAAAAAGAAACUCGUAUUACUGCAGUACUAUGGACACUGCUGGUAAGGAGGAAGUCGGUCUAUCCGCCGAUCGACGACGGUCCGGGAAGCCGAGGCCCAGCGGAUUGUUGCCGCAGCAAAUCGCGCACACCGAGAACAAAACUCCUCCCAAGUGUCGCCUCGAGGUACACGCGCCACGGUUCGAGAACAGACGCGCGUCGCAAAUCGACUCAAAAACACCAAAAGUAAUGAGGUUUAGAUGCACCGGAUCACUUGACGGAAAAGCUGGCAGAUGCUGA